CGGGAUCCGGCGUGACUCCGGAGCCGCCGCACCUUGCAUUAACCCCCCGCAUUCGGGUCGAACCAGGGUCCUGGGGAUGGAGCGAGCCGGCGUCGGGGCGCCGCGCGGGCCAGGAGGGCGCCCCGGGACCGGCCCCGACCUGGAUUUAACCCCCUGGAUCUAAUCGGGGGGGGGGGGGGCGAAUCCGGAUUCCCACGGAGGAGCGAGCCGAUCCGGGUUGCCAUUGGAUCGAUCUGCUGGAGGAGGUGUCUGUGUCGAAGAGGGCAGAUCGGAGUCACACCGGAUUGAUCGGGGAGGGGAUCCCCGGAGGAGGGACCCGGCCCCUUGGUUUCACCGAGGCCCCGAUCCGGGUAGCUUGGGGGUCCCCGGGACGCCGCCGCGGGGAGCCUUCGGCGCCGGGCUCUGGAGGCGUCGGAAGCGGGGGGGCAGCGCCCCCGGACCCCCAAGGCAGCCCCCCGAGCCCCCUCCGGCCGGCAUGGGGGGAGGCCCGGCGAAGGGACGCCCUGCUCCCCGCAGGGCCUGAAGGCGCCGGGGGCAGGGGACUCGCCCCCCACCGAGCGGGGAAGGAUUUGGGGGUCUCGCCUCACGCCGGGGAGCCAGCGGAACAGAGAGGCCCCGGGGCCAUGGGCCGCCCCCGCUAGCCCCUCCGGCCGGCGAUGGCCAACGCCAGCGAGGCGGACGAGCCGGGCCUGCCGGGCCCCCCGGCGGCCUCCACCUACGCCAAGCUGCUGCUCCUGGGGCUGAUCAUCUGCGUGAGCCUGGCGGGCAACCUGGCCCUAGCCCUGCUGGUGCUGAAGGAGCGGGGGCUGCACCGGGCCCCCUACUACUUCCUGCUGGACCUGUGCCUGGCGGACGCCGUGCGGGCGGCCAUCUGCUUCCCCUUCGUGCUGGUCUCCAUCCGCCACGGCUCGGCCUGGACCCACAGCCCGCUGAGCUGCAAGGUGGUGGCCUUCCUGGCCGUCCUCUUCUGCUUCCACGCCGCCUUCCUCCUCUUCUGCAUCAGCGUCACCCGGUACAUGGCCGUGGCCCACCACCGCUUCUACGCCAAGCGCCUGACCCCGUGGACGUGCGUGGCCGUCAUCUGCAUGGUGUGGACCCUCUCGGUGGCCAUGGCCUUCCCGCCCGUCGUCGACGUGGGCACCUACAAGUUCAUCCGGGAGGAGGACCAGUGCAUCUUCGAGCACCGCUACGUCAAGGCCAACGACACGCUGGGCUUCAUGCUCAUGCUGGCCGUGCUGGUGGGGGCCACCCAGGCCGUCUACGGCAAGCUGCUCUGCUUCCAGUACCGCCACCGCCGGAUGAAGCCGGUGCAGAUGGUGCCGGCCGUCAGCCAGAACUGGACGUUCCACGGGCCGGGGGCCACCGGCCAGGCGGCCGCCAACUGGGUGGCCGGCUUCGGCCGGGGCCCCAUGCCGCCCACGCUGCUGGGCGUCCGGCAGAGCGGCCACGCAGCCAGCCGCAGCCUGCUGGGCAUGGAGGAGUUCAAGGCGGAGAAGCGGCUGGGGAAGAUGUUCUACGUCAUCACCGUCCUCUUCCUGCUCCUCUGGUCGCCCUACCUCGUGGCCUGCUACUGGCGGGUCUUCGUCAAGGCCUGCAGCAUCCCCCACCGCUACCUGGCCACCGCCGUCUGGCUGAGCUUCGCCCAGGCCGCCGUCAACCCCAUCGUCUGCUUCCUGCUCAACAAGGAGCUCACGAAGGGGCUGGCGGCCCACGUGCCCUGCCGCAGGACAGAGCCCCCCCUGCCCCGGGAGCCGUACUGCGUCAUGUGAGGGGGGCGCCCCACGGGUCAGGGCCGCGGGAGAGGGUUGGAGGGGCUGGCUGCGGCGGGCCGAGGGCGGGAGGCUGGACAUCCAGCGGCAAGCCGGAGUCACCCCCUGCCCGCAAUGGGAUCAGGCCAGAUUCAGAUCUCGGUUAAUCCAGAAUCAAUCCGGAGUCAACCCCUGACUGCAAUGGGAUCAGGCCAGAUUCAGAUCUCCGUUCAUCUGGAGUCAGUCCGGAGUCACCCCCUGCCCGCAAUGGGAUCACCCCAGAUUCAGAUCUCUGUUAAUCCAGAAUCAAUCCGGAGUCAACCCCUGACUGCAAUGGGAUCAGGCCAGAUUCUGAUCUCAGUGAAUCUGGAGUCAAUCCGAAAUCACCCCUGGACUGCAGUGAGGUCAGGGCUGGAUUCUGAUCUUAGCUCCCCUGGGGUCAAUCCAGAGUCACCCUGACUUCGGCGGUCUUACUCCAGCUGCAGUGGGUUAAUCUGGAUUCACACCCAGGUACCCAAAAUGGGGAAUUUGCUGUGUCUAGUUUAGUCCCCAUCGUGGAGAUGAGAAGAGAUGGGGUGGGAGUGGGGCAGGU